ACAUAUCCUCAGGUGAGGAUUUAAAAAACAGAUCCACUGUGUGAGAAUCCUGGGAGUUGAUCCCAAUAGCAGACUAUCGCUUCUCUACUCACGCAUUCAUUCUUCUCGUACCCUGCCUAAUGCUUUGACUGAUCCAAAAAUGGUGAGAUUUGGUGUUUACUCUGGUGCUUACUGUCCAGUUGGGAAGAUGAGGUAAUAAUCGUUCUCUAUUUCAGGCACUAAGUUCUCCAGUUAAACCUGCCAGGACCCUGGGUCUCAUAAAAGAGUCCCCAUGGUCUGGGCCAGCAUUCUUUUGCUGCCAUUCAAAAAAUGGACUGUCCCUUUGGGAGGGUUUGUACAGAGCUUAUGGCUCUAGGCGGCCUCGGGGCAGGCUGUCACUUUGAGCUGUAAUCCUGAAUCAUUGACUAGUUUAAAUCCUUCUAUUGUACUGUCAUCCCUCUGAAGAUGUGUAACUUGAGCCCUACUGGAAACACUAACUUGGAAUCUUAACUGGAGUUGGUUUACAAGCCUCUUGCCUUCUAUUCAUAGCUCUAUGUGUGUCCCCUUCAGGUGGCUCUGUCAGAAGCAUCCCAGGCAUGGGGGAGGCGUGGGUGGCCUCCCUAACUCUGGCUGCUUUCCUAGUCAUCAGAUCGCUCUUUGAGCUACUCAGAAGGCUGUGGUGACUAAUGAUGCCAAUUUUCAAACCCCUAGUAUUUUCAGCCUGGUUUUUAAAAGGAACUCUGGUUUCUUUGUCAGCUGUCCUAGUCCUGUCCCUUCCCCCUCUCCACAACUGAACUACUUCUUCCCUUUCCUGAAAGAGGCUUUAAGAUAGGAGGGAGGGCAUUUGGGCUUUAAGAUGCUCUGUUGUGCAGCCAUUUUUUUAAGGGGCUAUAGUUUGCCUGGUUUGGGGUUUCACCUCAGUGCUGAUUUUUUUUAAUGUUGGUGGUCUCUCCCUCCAUUUUUGUGGCUUUGGAAGCCAGUCUUCAGAGAAUAUAAGGCUGGAUUGUUGAUAGGACACAGGACAUCAGGUGUGAGCUAGUCUUUUUUCUAGGACACUGGUGAAAAUUGUUUUAGACCGUUUGGGCUGCUGUACCAAAAUCCGACAGACUAGGUGGCUUAUAAACAAGCAAAUUUGUUUUUCGCCGUUCUGGAAACUGGAAGUCCAAGAUCAGAGUGCCAGCAUGGUUGGGUUCUGAUGAAGGCCCUCUUCCGGGCUGCAGACUGCCGACUGCUCAUUGUGUCCUCACAUGAUGCAAGGGGCAAGGGAGCCCUCUGGGGCCUCUUUUAAAAGGACACUAAUCCCAAUCAUGAGGGCUUUCCUAUUGUGGCCUAAUCAUCUCCCAAAGGCACCACUUCUCAAUACCAUCACUUGGGGAUUAGGAUUUCAACAUGGAUUUUGGAUGGACAUAAACAUUCAGACCAUAGCAAUUGUCCAGUUCAGCAUUCUCUCCAGCUGAGGGGCAAUGAAGAAUGAAGUCCAGGGAAACUGGGAACAAAAGGAAUUAGUGCAUAGUACCUGAAGGUUUCGAUUGAGGAAUCUACUUCUUUCAUAGGGGCUUUGAGGGGCAGGAGCUUCCCUGCCCUGUGAACAUUCAUUGAGAGCUUGCUCUGAGCCAGGUCCUUUGCUAAGAGUCUUACAUGCACCCUCUUGCCAACAGCCCUGGGAAGUGGAUACUGUUCUCUCCACUUCACAUGUGAGGAAAUGGGUUCAGCGACACAACACAAGGUCACCCUAGUAAAUGGUGGCUUCAGGACUUGAACUGGUUUGUCGGACUCCAGCACUUGUGCUCUUCACCCAUGUGCAGAAGGAACCUACCUGGGAUAGUGAGAUGUCUCCUCUGCUGGGCUCGUUCUCAGCCGUUCGGCAGAUGGUUGGAGGCCCCCGUUCCCACUAAGUGCCUCUUUGCAUAGCACCGGCCCCUGCCCUCACGCUCACUGGUACCACUACAGCGGGACGGGCCAUGGCGGGUCGGGGAGGUGCAGCACGACCCAAUGGACCAGCUGCUGGGAACAAGAUCUGUCAAUUUAAGCUGGUCCUGCUGGGGGAGUCUGCAGUAGGCAAAUCCAGCCUUGUCCUCCGCUUUGUCAAGGGACAAUUCCACGAGUACCAGGAGAGCACAAUUGGAGCGGCCUUCCUCACACAGACUGUCUGCUUGGACGACACAACAGUCAAGUUUGAGAUCUGGGACACAGCUGGACAGGAGCGGUAUCACAGCCUGGCCCCCAUGUACUAUCGGGGGGCCCAGGCUGCCAUCGUGGUCUAUGACAUCACCAACACAGAUACGUUUGCACGGGCCAAGAACUGGGUGAAGGAGUUACAGAGGCAGGCCAGCCCCAACAUCGUCAUCGCGCUGGCGGGUAACAAGGCAGACCUGGCCAGCAAGAGAGCCGUGGAAUUCCAGGAAGCACAAGCCUAUGCAGAUGACAACAGUUUGCUGUUCAUGGAGACAUCAGCAAAGACAGCAAUGAAUGUGAAUGAAAUUUUCAUGGCAAUAGCUAAGAAGCUCCCGAAGAAUGAGCCCCAGAAUACAGCGGGUGCCCCAGGCCGGAACCGAGGUGUGGACCUCCAGGAGAACAACCCAGCCAGCCGGAGCCAGUGCUGCAGCAACUGAGCCCCCCUUGCCUGCCCACUGCCCCCACCUCCUCCGCCUGAACAACCCAACUGGAAUCCACUCUAACCAAUCGCACUU